AUGUCGAUGCAAACGAAUCUCUUCAUCAACGGCGAGUACCGACCGUCGAGUUCUGGCGAGACACUAUCCGUCCACAACCCGAGCGACGACUCUCUCGUUACCGACAAGGUGCAGGUGGCCUCCGAGAAGGACAUUGACGACGCCGUCGCCGGAGCGAAGGCAGCCUUCCCAAAAUGGCGCGAAACAGCCGGUCACAAGCGAGCAGCGAUUAUGCUCAAGUUCGCAGACUUGCUCGAGAAGAAUGUUGACAAGCUCGCAAAGCUGGAGAGCAUGGCGAUGGGACAGCCGAUCACUGUGGCUAAGGCUAUGAUCAAGGGCCCUGCUGCUCUAUGGAGGUACUAUGCUGGCUAUGCAGGCAAAGUAAGCGGCGAGACUUUCCCGCCUGAUGAAGAUGGCACAUAUAAGAUCGUGCAGUACGAGCCUCUGGGAGUAUGUGCGGGCAUCUGUGCAUGGAAUGGCACCCAUGUGCUCGCGGCCUGGAAGAUGGCGCCUGCAAUGGCUGCUGGCAAUACCUUCAUCCUCAAAACCUCCGAGAAGUCUCCCCUCGCCGCAGCUGCCUAUGGCGACCUCCUGAACGAGGCCGGCUUCCCUCCGGGUGUGAUCAAUAUCGUUACUGGCGCUGGACCCGUUGGCUCCCUUCUGGCAAGUCACAUGGACAUCGCGAAGAUUGCGUUCACAGGUUCAGCACCGGCAGGCCGAGCAGUCAUGCAAGCAAGCGCAAAGAGCAACAUGAAGAUCGUGUCGUUGGAGCUCGGCGGCAAGUCCCCAGCACUCAUCUUUGACGAUGCGGAGCUAGACAAUGCCGUGUCACACACAAGUACAAACUUCUUGCGGAACAGCGGACAGAUCUGCUUUGCUUCCUCUCGAGUUCUGGUGCAGGAGGGCCUUGCUGACAAGUACAUCGAGGCUGUGAAGAAGUCCUUCGAGGAAGCUGACAAGAAGAUGGGCGACCCUUCGCUUGACGACACUGCAUACGGCCCCUUGGCGGACAAGAAGCAGUUUGAGCGUGUAAUGAGCUUCUUGCACGGCGCGCGAGAGGAGGGAGUGCAGGUGUUGGUCGGUGGCGAUAGGAAGGGCGAGAAAGGCACCUACGUGCAGCCGACUGUCUUCUUGAAUCCGGACCUGAAGAGCAAGGUCUACACCGACGAGAUCUUUGGUCCAGUCAUCUCAGUCCGUACUUUCAAGGAUGAAGAGGAGGCGAUCCAGCUUGCGAACGAUACCACUUACGGACUUGGAUCCACCGUCUAUACUUCUGACAUCGCACGCGCUCUUCGUGUCGCCGGCAAAAUCGAAGCCGGCACCGUCGGUAUCAACUCGGCCUUCAACACAUCGCCACAGACACCAUUCGGUGGCUACAAGCAGAGUGGAAUCGGGCGCGAGAGUGGACCAGAGGGUAUCAAGGGCUAUCUGCAGCCGAAGACCAUCCACAUUAACAUGAAUGUGCCGCCGAGGAAAUAG